AUGAAAAAUUCAUCUACUUCCUCCUCUUAAAACAUUUAAGCUUUAGCUCUUAUUGAUACUUAUAAUUUAGUCUUAAAUGAGAGGAAGAGAACUCGUCGAAAUACAAACUUUUAAAUUAAUAAAACAAAAGAAAUAGAACAGAGUGUUAAAAUUAGAAGAAAAAGUUGCCAUUGUUAAUUAUGUGGUGAUUUGGGUGCCUUUUAGUUUGAUACUAUGAAUGUUCCUUAUUAUAAAAAAUAAUCAUCAGUGGAAAAAGUAGAGCCUUAAAUUUUAGAAACUCCCAGCUAAACAACAUGUAUAUUAAUCUAUAUAAUAAUAGAACGAAGAAGUAUAUUUUAUCGAUUACAAUCAUUAAAAUCAUUAGAAAAUACUAAAGCAAGACUUUCUUUGGAGAUUCAUGGAUUUAGUAAAAAUUACUAAAGGCAAAAUACAGUUCAGUAAUUUAUAGCUGAAAGCAAUGAAAGAUCUAGAAAAGGAAGUAUGAACAGAAGUGGCUUUGUGAAUACCUCAACUUCAGAAAAUCAUUCGGUAAAAUCUCUCAAUAUUAAAACUUUCAAUGAUUAAAGUCCUACAUCAACUAAAUCACCUCUAAUUGAACCUGUUACUAGUAGCAGAACCCUAAAAAACUCUAAAAAACUCUUAAUGAUGAAUACAUAUUUCUCUUAGUCAGCACGUUCACUAAAAACCACUCAAUUUUCGUAAAUUAACAAAUCAAAGGCUUUGAUAUUGCCUAAAAUCAUAUAGAAUGUGAAACUAAAUUGA